AUGGGUGCGGGCAUGUCAUGGCUGUCCAACUUGCUUUGGGCGAAGAAGGAGAUUAGAAUAUUGAUCCUGGGGCUUGAUAAUGCCGGCAAAACGACGUUGCUUUACAGGCUAAAGAUAUCCGAAAAGAUUGGCGAGGUCGUCACUACGAUACCCACAAUCGGCUUCAACGUCGAGUCGGUGACAUACAGAAACUUAAACUUUAACGUCUGGGAUCUCGGUGGCCAGACAAGCAUUCGACCGUACUGGCGAUGUUACUACGCCAACACAGCAGCCGUCAUCUUCGUUGUCGACUCUACUGAUAUCGAGCGAUUACAAACCGCAGCCGAGGAACUUGCCGCAAUGCUCAACGAGGAAGAGCUCAAAGACGCGGCGUUGUUAGUCUUUGCCAACAAACAGGAUCAGCCCGGCGCAAAGGGCGCGGGCGAGAUUUCGGAAGCGCUGCGCCUGGGUGAGCUGCGCGACCGGAACUGGAGUAUCAUGGCGUGCUCUGCUGUUGAUGGAAGCGGUAUCAAUGAAGGCAUGGACUGGCUGGUCCAAACGGUUAACCAGGAAUAA